AUGGAGAGGAAGACGGGAAUUCUGCGGAUUGGCGAGAUAGAAAACCAAGGAAAGUUUUCUCCUCUUUGCCUUCUUGAAUUUUCCUUGGGCAAGUUUAGACACUUCACGCUGCAGCCUUCUUCCGAGGAAGCCGUGCUGCGCCACAUCGCCAGCGAUGUGGCCUUCGUAAUCUUCCAGAUACACACGCAGUUCGAGAACGCCACUCUUUCCUUUAACAAGGACACUUCGGGACCGGGUACGGACAAAGGACUGGUCACCGCGCUCUGGCCGGAACAGACGGUGUGCAGGUGGUUCCUUCAGGCUGCGGGGGCCGACGGGGUCAAAAGCGUCGCUGGGCCGCUCUCGUAUUCGGAGAAAGAUCCCGUCCCCGGAGGUUGCAAUCUGGAGUUCGAUCUGGACGUCGACCCCAAUAUUUACGUGGACUAUAAUUUAUUUGAAACGACCAUCAGGUUUGCCCCGGCAAACCUCGGCUCCCCAAGAGGCAGGGCCCCUCCGCCGUGCGACGUGGGGACGGGGACGGACUCGCGCUGGAGGCUGCAGUAUGACGUCUACCAGUACUUUCUGGCCGAGAACGAGCUCCUGGCGGAGGCCCUCCUGGAGUCUGUGCAGAGGAUGGCGGUGGGCCCGCACCUGAAGGGCAGGGCGACCAAAGUGGCCACCCUCACGUCCAACGAGAAGACCACCGUGUAUUUCUCUUCCGUCCCGGGACAAGGCGUGCUUUACAACGUUAUCGUCCGGGACCCGGUCCUGAACACUUCGGCUGCCUACGUCCCGGCUCACACGUACGCCUGCAGCCACGACGCCGUCGUGGAUAACUGCUUCUCCCUCGGAAGGAUUUCCACCAAAGUGUUCUUCACCCUCUUCAGUCUCUUGGGCCUCUUCGUUUGUUUCUUUGGCCAUAGAUUCUGGAAGACAGAGUUGCUCUUCAUUGGCUUUAUCCACGUGGGAUUUUUGUUCUUCAUAACCAUCACGUGGCUGACUCCUCUCGGCUAUGACGUUCGCCUGGCCCUCACGGCCGUCGCCGGGAGCCUGGGGGGCGUCCUCCUGGUAGCCUGCUGGUGGCGAUUCGGACUGCUCGUCGUCUGUAUGCCGUGCGUCGGGCUGGUGCUGGGAUUCCUCGUCUCCGCAGCCGUCUUCUUCACACCCCUAGGAGACUUGAAGAUUUUCCGGGAUGAUUCUGUGUUCUGGGUGACAUUUUCUUGCAUCGUUCUGGUCGUUCCCAUCCUCUUCAUCGGCUGCCUGAGAAUUUUGAAUAUCCUGGCGUGUGGAAUUACUGGCUCCUACUCCGUGAUUUUAGCCAUCAACAGCUACUUUUACACCAGCCUCUCUUACAUCACCUUGAAUGUGCUCAAGAGAGCCCUCAACGCGGACUUCAGCAGAGCAUACACCGAUGUGCCUUUCCAGACUAACGACUUCAUCAUCCUGGCAGUUUGGGGGAUGCUGGCCGUGAGUGGAAUCACGCUGCAGAUUCGGAGAGAGCGGGGCCGGCCUUUCUUCCCUCCGCACCCGUAUAAAGUGUGGAAGCGGGAGAAGGAGCGCCGGGUGACCAACGUCCUCGACCCCAGCCACCACGUGCCCCCGCUCAAGGACAGGCUGUACGGCCGGCUGGCCCGCCUCCGGGAACUCUUCCGCAGGGAACAGCCGGCCGGGGAGAGGACGCCGCUGCUGCUGUAACCGCGGCCUUCCCGCGGGAAGGGCUCCCGAACCGCACGGACGCCCUCGGCCGAGUCGGCGGGCCCUCGGGCCGCCGCGAGGACCGCUCGGAAACGUCGACGGAGGCGGAAGGCCGCGAGGAAGACGAGCCGGAUCUGGUCCAAAACCCCCCGAUCGAGGCCGGGCCGCCUUCGAGACCCGACGAGGGGACAAUUCCAAGUGCCGGAGAUGCGUCGUGUCCGGUCUUUCUGUCUCUGGUGAUAAACGCCGGCUGUCCGAGCGGAGAACUCGGCGCCUUUCCGGUAGAAGGCUUAGGGAUCCAUUAAGUAGGUAUGCAGCACGCUAAA